CCACCCCCGCCCGCCGCCCAGAAGAUGGCGAGCCCGUGCGGGCGGCAGCAGUGCUCCAUCGAGAGGCGCGGCGUCCGCCACCAGCUCGAUUCGUGGCGACACAAGCUCAUUCACUGUGUAGAUCCAGUUUCUGAUCCUACUUCCACAUUUGGGAGUAUGCAAGGGACAAACGCAUCUCUUUGCGUAGCUUGACUGGAUAUCCCAAGACUAGGAUGUCAGGUUGGUCGGCCCUUUCCCACUGUUCCUGCCACUUCCUGAAGCCUGAAUUGGCUUUUUUUGGAGGCAGUGCUACUUCUCUGCCUGACAAGGGUUUGAAAGUAUUCUAGAAGGCCUGUUUGGACCUGGAUUAUUAAAAGAUCUCAGUUUGUUUAAAGACUGUGAGCCUGAAGGUGUUUCUGAUUGGUCUUUUGAUGAAAAUUGUCUUUUCUGCUGCCUGAGAAGAGAAAAAGUGAAGGAACACUUAGUCAGUCUGGAUGAGCCAGCCUCGGAAGCUGGACAAGAAGCUCUGCUUAGACAAGAGCAAGCAAAAAUCAUUCGUUUUGAAAGGCAAGCGGAAGAGUUCCUCAAUGCAGUCUUUUACAGAAAAGACAGUCCUAGGGUCUCUGACCCCAAUAUUCCCCUAGUGGCCCGUGAGAUCAUGCAGCGAAUGAUCCGACAGUUUGCUGCUGAAUAUACCUCAAAAAAUAGCUCUACUCAGGACUCCAGCCAGCCCAAUAGCACAAAGAACCAAAGCCUGCUGAAAGCAUCUCUGGUCGCCUCCUCUCCCACGGCUGCAACUGCUCAGAACCCUGUGCUCAGCAAACUUCUCAUGGCUGACCAAGACUCACCUCUGGACCUUACUGUCAGAAAGUCUCAGUCAGAACCUAGUGAACAAGACGGUGUGCUUGAUUUAUCCACUAAGAAGAGUCCUUGUGCCGGCAGCACCUCUCUGAGUCAUUCUCCAGGGUGCUCCAGUACUCCGGGAAAUGGGCGACCUGGGAGACCCAGCCAGCACCAUCCGGAGGGACUACAGAGUGGUGAUGGGGUACCUCCAAGAAGCUUGCAGGAUGGAACCAGGGAAGGUUAUGGCCACUCCACAUCUCUUAAAGUACCGCUGGCUCGAUCACUCCAGAUUAGUGAAGAACUGCUGAGCAGAAACCAGUUUUCUACAGCUGCCAGCCAUGGGCCAUCUGGACUACAGAAUCAUGGACAGCAUUUAAUAUUAUCCAGGGAGGCUUCUUGGGCAAAACCACACUACGAAUUCAAUUUCAGCCGCAUGAAAUUCAGGGGAAAUGGUGCACUCAGCAACAUCAGUGACCUUCCUUUUCUUACAGAAAACUCUGCCUUUCAAAAAAUGGCACUUCAAACUAAACAGGAUGGGAAAAAGGACAUGAGCCAUUCAUCUCCUGUGGAUUUAAAGAUACCACAAGUUCGAGGCAUGGACCUUUCAUGGGAGUCCCGCACUGGUGACCAGUACAGCUAUAGCUCUUUGGUAAUGGGUUCACAAACGGAGAGCGCGCUUAGCAAAAAGUUAAGGGCUAUCCUUCCGAAACAAAACAGGAGAAGUUUGCUGGAUGCUGGACCAGAUUCCUGGGGCUCAGAUGCUGAGCAGUCUACCUCUGGACAGCCAUAUCCCACCUCAGAUCAAGAGGGAGAUCCUGGCUCCAAGCAACCUAGGAAGAAAAGAGGGAGAUACAGACAGUACAACAGCGAGAUACUGGAGGAAGCAAUCUCUGUGGUUAUGAGCGGGAAAAUGAGCGUUUCCAAAGCUCAGAGUAUUUAUGGGAUCCCCCACAGUACACUGGAGUACAAAGUUAAAGAGAGGCUGGGCACUUUGAAAAACCCUCCAAAGAAAAAAAUGAAAUUAAUGAGGUCGGAGGGGCAGGAUGUUUCAGUAAAGAUUGAAUUAGAUCCCCAGGGAGAAGCAGCACAAAGUGCGAAUGAAUUGAAAGAUGAGUAGGGAUGUUGUAGAGUGCCAAUUACUUUGCAAACUGGGUGAGCACUACUGCAUAGUUCAACCACCACUGAGCACACCUGAGUCUCCUGUUUACUGCAAUGCUCUUUCCUUUGCAGUUUAGCAUAGACUUGUGUGGACACAGGUGAGAGGUGUGCUCUGAAUGUCACAUUUGUAAAUUUUUUUAGCCUGGUAUAGUGCAGUUUCCCUCCUUCACCUGCCCACUACCCCUUUUUUCUUCUUCUUCUUCUUUUUUUUUUUUUUUUUUUUUCAUUUGUCUUUUGCAUGUUUCUCUGUAAUAGAGAGUUGACUUACCUCACAAAGAAUGCAGAUCUGUUGGAAGUGGACAUUUUGCCUGUAGAGCCUGCCUGAACUUCUCAUGUUGGAUUUCUCAUGCCUGCCUUUAUGGAAAUAAGUCCACUUUGUUAAACUGAUACUCUCUUAAAACCAGGCUUUUUUUUUUUUUUUUUUUUUUUUUUUUUCAAAUGAGAGUCAGACUGUCAUUCUUCAAAAUCUUUCAGAAAUCUUUUUCCCCCUUCUUUUCUUUGAUCCAGUUGAUUGAAAGACAUAAGCUAAAUCAAGUCAUUUAGGAAUGGUACCUCUCUUGAACUCAGAGAUUUGUUUAUUAGAUGGAUAAUCAGUUGGGUCUAAUUAGGCUCUCCGCUAUAUUCUUUCUAAAUUAAACAUACUUAUCAUUCACUAUCUGCUUAGUGCUCACCCAGAGGGGAGGGAAAACUUACAUACACUACCUUCAGAAUAUGUCAGUUAAUUAUUUGUAACACUACCUUCGCUGUAAUUUUGUUUGAUACUUUUGAAGGGUGAUAUUUAGACUCACCUGCUUGAGGAUGUAGCCUUAUCUCACGGAAGACAAGCUUCUCACAGUCAGGAGCAGUCAGGGUACACUAAAUGAUGUAUUAGGGUUUGCCUCAUUAUAGCAGAACUAUGGUUCUUGAUGACCUUUAUGCUUUUUACAGACUUGAUUCUGAGUUUACUAAACUAUGUGGUUCCAACAACUAGUUUAAAUUACUCUAAUCCGGGGAAGGGGGAUUUGUGUAACAAACUGCUGUGAUAAUGCAAAAGAAGAAGAAGAAGAAACCCACAAAACAGUGAUCUCUAACGUUACAACCUCAGUAGUCUGCCCAAAUAUCCACAUUAGUGAAGGAGCUUGUUAAUGUUCAGGGAAGAAGUAAAACACUGGUAGCCUGAUCUAGUUCAGGCUCUGCAUCAUAUCUAUCUGUAAUACUGUCAGGGUCGAACACUCAAUGAUUGGGUGUUUGCUUUUUAAUAUUACAGUUGCCAGUAGCAGGAAUGAAUCCAAGUCCUGCUUUUUUUGUUGUUUUUAUUUAAUCUAUUUUGCUAGUGGUUUAGCACAUGCUAGAAUAAGCAUUUAAACACCAUGAAAGCACUCCAUAAACCACGAAUCCAGUCUUUUUCAAUAUGAUGAUAUUGUUAUCAUUAUAUGGAGAUCCAGGAUAAGUUUUGUACAGAACUUUUACCUUUGAUACUUUCUGCAGGAGUGGUCAGUAAAUAGGUGGAGUUUACUGGACUAGGUAGAAUAUGACCAAAUCAGAAUUGCUGGUUCUUCAGGUAGAAACAGUUUGGUCUUAAUCUGUACAAAAGGUAGAUAGAUUUUUCCUGCCCCCCCCCCCCCCCCCCCCCAUUUGCACAACCAAAAGAAGCAUUGGAGUUUUGUGUGAGAGCAUUAAGUGAUUGAAAGUGGUUUCUCAAAGUUCAUGGGAGGGUGGCCUAGAUAGCCCUAGGGAUGCUGAAUGACUUCUGGAACAGUUGAUCUAUUAGCCUCUCCCCCUCCCCAGCAACUUCAUAUUUUCAAAGGUUAGGCACACCAUUGCUGUUUUAAAUAUGCACUGCUCAUUCUUGAAACAGACUGGGCAUUUGGCCCCAAGUAUAUUUUGGUUUUUGUUUAAUAUAUUUUAGUACUCAAAAUCCUGUUUCCUCAUAGCUUUCUAGUUGUCAUCUUGACAUUUAAAGCAGUUUAAGCUCAGUAGCAGUAUAUAAACUCUGCAAUACGUUCCAGUUUAGCUGGUGAUUGCAAUAAAGAUGAAGUUAAACGUGUGGUUUUCAUCUGCUGUUGGAGGUUAUGGUAGAAAGUUUGCUGCAAGUUAAAAAAAAAAAAAAGUAUCACAGUUUUACUGUUCAGAGAGGUUUAACCUUUUGCAGUUGUCUUUAUUUAAGCAACAUGAGUUGAGUUUUAUAAAACUUGUCACUGUAGUGUAUGUGGAGUGCUCAUUUUACUAACCUAAAUAUUUUGUAUGUGUAUGUUUAAGUGGGUGACAAUCGUGCAGCAGAAGAAUGGUGUGCCUACCCUUUAAUGCUGCAGUUUUAAAAGAGAAUUUGUCUUGUCAUUUCAGACUGUAGGCUAAGAAUUGUAAAUAGAUAGUGAGAAGUUGAGUACUCUUUAUUUGCUUUGGUUAGAAAGUGGAUUUUUAAAAAAACCAACAACAAACCAAACGUGUAACUUUCUCAGUUUAAAUGUCCUGAGACCUGAAGAUUGUAAUACUCAUGUCUGCAAAGCUUUUAAACACAACACUUGAUCUGUGAUAACUUAAUAUUCAGGUAAUCUUUCUUUUUCGAGAAGCUUUUGAACAACCACAUUUCCUCCAAAGGUCUCUGUUUAAAAAGGAAAAAAAAAAAAGUAAAAAAAAAAGUAGAUUAUUUUUUAAGCACUAAUUGCAUUACAUUGGUAACUGCAAUAUAAAAUAGCCAUUAUUGUUUUGUGAAGCAUGGUUGAGAUUAGUUAGUGGUCCCUUUUUAAAAUUUCAUGAGCCUCUCAAAAAAUAAAAACAAAUUUAAAAAAAAAAGCUGCUGAAUAUUCAAAAGAUAUAUAUUUUACCUUAUUGUAGGUUUUGUAAAUUUAGUCUGUAAUAUUCAGGUGCACCUUUUAAUGUUAACUUUUUGUUUAAAAGUCCCAUCUAAUGUAUUUUCUCUGAGGUGAUUCAUCACAUAAGACUAGUAUCACUCUAAGUGCUGCAGUGAUCACUAAUGUUUUGUUUCAUUUUUCACUACGUAUUUUUUACAGGCGCUUUCAGUGUAGCUAACUAGUAGUAUUUGGGAUAAUUUUAAAUAUAUGAUUGGAAUUAAUGUUUGUCCAUUAGCAUGCUUAAUUUUCUGCUGACCAGCAGUUUGCAUGGCCAAAAUCCCUGGUUGACCAUAUUUUGGUGUGGGAAGGUGUGGUUCACUGCUGUCUUUGUAACAAAAGCCUUGUUUCUCAUGCUAUUUCUGAAAAGUGGAUGCUUAUGUUACUUGGAUCACUUGGACAGGAGAGAAGGUUUGAAAUCUUUCUCCUGCUGCUCUUUUGAGAUCACAUUAACAUGUAACAUAGACAAACUGCAACCCUGUAAAAAUCGAGAUGUCAUUAGCAGGAGGCCUUUCGGGCAUUUUUCGUCACUAGUUUUCUCUUAUUCCUGAGAAUGUCCAUCCGAUGUAGUUAUUUGGACUUAACAGUAUUGUUGUGUACUACAUUGAUGUAGCUGAAGAAGCCUGACAGCAAGAAACUGUGAAUAAUAUUUGUGGCAGUCUCUGAAAACUAGUUUUUCAGUCCAAGUAUCAUGAAGGAGAAUCCCUCUCCCCUGCCCCAUCCUAGAAAAGUAAUUUUAUAUUUUGUGUGUAUAAAGUUUGAAGAAUCAAGUUUCAUAUUGUACUGAAGUUUAGGUGUCGCUUGGUAAAUCUUUGCUGCAGCAUAUAAUUGAAGAUGAGUAAGGCUUAGUGUGGUAGGGGUCCUGGUGUGGAGUUAAUUAUCGUACAGUUCUGGUGAGAAAGCCCAACAUGUAUGAAAUGUGUCCUUUUUUUUUAUUUGGACUUGUAAGAUGUGAAAGUGCUUUUUUAGAACUCUGACCUAUUACAAACUAUUACCUCACUUUCAGCCAGUUGGAUCCUCAUUCCACAGUGUUGUAGGCAUUAUUGUGGCCGUAAUGCUUGAGUACAGCUAUAGAGUUGAACGUUUCCAGUUAGAUAUUGUAGGGACAUGUAUCUGGACUUGUUUUUACUUCUGUCAAAAGAUAUUUUAUUUCCCAGUCAUUCCCUGUCUGUCUGGUUGGGUUUUUUUUAAAGGUUCAAGACAGUUUCCUUUAGAAUUUCUCAUUUUUCCCUGUUACAUGGGUGAACUUGCUCCAUAAGCAACACAGUUAUGCCUUUACUUUCUUCUGGUUGCAGAACUCACAAUUUUAUGCUUGCAUUACCAACCCUAUUGUUAGACCCGAAUUUCAACUCUGAAUUUUCUUGGUAGUUGGAGAAAAGAAAUUAUUUUUAACAAAUGCAGGUGUACAGGUAGGAUAGUGCCUCUAGUACAGAGAACACACUCAAAGCUUCUCAAGCAUCUCCUAUAACCACCUUUUUUGUAGAGCUUUCCAGUGUUCAAGGAUAUUCUCAAACAUGGGAGGCAGGUGUUUGGACCAGUUGAGAGCAGGCAUGGAAUAGUCUGUGCUUUGUCUUGUGGCAGGCCAACAUUUGAGUCUAAAUACUUUCAUGAGUUACCUGAGGGUACAUUGCCUUGCCCUGGAAAUUCACAGGAACUGGCACAGUGAUUCAGGGGCUUCAGGGUUGAGUAAGCUUUGUGUAGACUAGAACAACCUUUUAGUUCUGAUGGAAUUGCUUUUUGUAUCAUCUGAAACAAUCGUUACACGGGCAAAACUGGAAUUAUCAUGUGUUUUUUUCCAGUUUACUUUGAAGUAACGCUCUUAAGAUGUCCUUGAUUCUUAGGAGAAGAACAAAGUGUCCAAGGAGUGAAGGGAACGCUGUGCCGAUCCCUUGUUUCUCAAAAACACUGUGGCUACAUCUGUAACAGAAAGAGCCCUUUCCUCAGUGAAGACCAAGUUUUAACUUCUAAGUAUAAGAAUGCAUAUGCUUGCUGCAGUCCAAACUCUUACGAAGGCAAAUUUACUAACCUGUACUGAAAGCUUUGUCACAAUAUUUUAGAUAUUUUAAGUUCUCUGCCAAAUCUUUGAGGUAGAACAGGAAGGGUUGUUUCCCUCAUUUUGAUGAUGCUCAGAAACUUGUAGGUUUUAUCUGCAAAUGUUUCAGAGACAAAUGUAAUUUCAGUCAAAGUCAAUGUUGCUUUUUCUUGGCACCAGUAGAUAAUGUUGACUAAUGCUUCUUUAAUAAGCUGUAUCUAAAAAAAAAAAAAAGUUAGAGACUACUCUUGGUGUUGUAAAGGUUUCCACUUGAUCUCAAAUUACAUUAAAAGCUCCAUAAUUAGAACCUUCAGAAACCUGAAAAUUUGCACGGCUAGUUACAUGCAGUUCUGUUGGAUGUAGCAAAUACAGUAACCACUACAGAUAUUAAUUUUUAAUUAUUCAGUACAUAAACACAAUGUACAGUGAUCACUAAGCAGGGAGAUAUUGUGGAUUCAAAAUUAACUGUAGAUGCUCUCCACAUAUACCACAAAAAAAACGGAAGUAGUUACAGCAUUCCAGAGUCCAUUCCUCUGCCUCUCUCCUGUUCUUGCUUCAACUGGGGCCAAGUCUCUAUACCAGUAUUACAGCAGCUGUUUAGGACUUCAUGUUCUACCCAGUUCUGCCUAUAUUCAGGUAUUGUCAUGAAAACCUUGAUAUUGAGAGAGCUUUAUUUAAUCCUCCCAAAAAUCUCUUAGCCCAGUUGCAAAAUCAGUUUUGCUGGACAAUGUACUAGGAGGAAGGAUUUCUUUCAGCCUGGCCAGGGCAUUUCAUUCACUCUCUUAAAAACAAACAUCCCUGCCCCUGACCCCAUGCUUAUCUCUACCAAAUUGGUAAGUAUAAUUCAGAAGGACUCACAAUGAUAACUCUUAGCUGAUGGAGCAGGGAUUGGGACAGAGACUUCAUUUUGACUCGAGCAGGACAAGUUAACAUCACAAAACAAUUUCUGUCGUCAUCACCUUGUGUGGUCUAACUUAAUGGUUUUUUCCUACUUGGAAAUAAUGAACACACUAUUACAACUGCUUAUACAGUUUAUCAACUACUUGGUGCUACAUUUCUCAAAUAUUUUUGCAGAUAAUGUUUUUUAUGCCUGCACGUGAAAGCAUGUAAACUUCACUGUCACUAUAAAAAGCACUUGUCUGACCUAUUAUAAAGUACCAGAAAAGGGAUAAGUAACUGCAGCACUUUUUCUGUUACAAUGCCAGAGUCUUAAUUAAAUCUGGUCUUCAGGUUAUGAGAUACUUUAAACGUACAAUCUAGGAUCAUUAAUGGCUUUUCAGGUCAGAUCACAGGUUCUCUUGGGAUACUAAUCUGUUAAAGACUAGUACAACAAAUUAUUCUGAAGUUCAGGCAGGGGAUGUAUAUAUACAUGCCUGAUAUUUUUAACUAAUCAUUUCAAUAGGCCAUUUCAGGGCUUGACAUUUGGAGUCUGGGAUGAUGGGUAGGGAAAGGGAAGUUUCCCAAACUGAAAAAUCAUUUUGGACCAUUGUUUAAUAUUCAGUUUGAAAACUAUAUCACAAGAAAAAUGGGAUUCUUUCUCCCUUAUGCCUUCAGGGAAUGAGUAGUAUUUAAAAUCUCUGGCUGAAAUUCAAGCCUUUUUACCAUGUAAAUUUUUAAUAUAAACUCAUUGACAUGCUUUUUACAUCUGAGGACUGAAAAUGGAUCUUAAUGUUUAAGUUGUGGAAUGGUAUAUUUCUUAAAUGAAGGGGGAACAUUUAAAAAAAAUAGAUUAGAAUACCAGCAUUAGUGAGCUUAAGGAAUUUUAGUAUGUAAUAGCAAAGUAUAGCAAAGUACUUGAUUAAAAAAUUAAUCUUGAAUUGCUAGUCUGUAACUAGGUGCAUUCUAAUUUAGCAGGUGAAUAUUCUUUACUUAUCGAUAUAUGAUGGGCUUUUUGCAAAUAGAAACCUUUAUCUGAGUCCCAUGUGUUGCUUGUACUGAUGGGAUGUAUGCUUACAGCAGCUUACUGCUGCUUUAAAAUGUAUAAAAUAUGUUUUGAGUGUUUGCUCAUAACUCUUUCUAACCUCCACUUGUUAAAUUGUCAGACAUUGGUAUUUUAUCAGUCCGCAAUAUAAGUUUGAACUAAUGUUCUUAGGAAUCCAACUUGUACACACACUGUUUAAAAACCCUCAGGGACAGUUUACACACUAUCCUCACUCAAUUCAGGUACUUGUACUCUCUUCUUAAACCUAGCAGUGACUUGUAUUUUGUUUUGCUUUUCUUUUGACGUGCUGAUAGCACAUCCUUGAUGAAUGUCAACUUAAAACUCAGUUCAGGUAUCCAGGUAUAACUCAGCCAAACGGAUUUUAAAGCUGCAUAUUUACUCUCCAGCACACAGUGCCUCAGACACUUAUAGUGGCAUUCUGUAUAUUCAGUUAUUACUACUGAGCAGAUCACGUGGGGGUUCCUGGUAUGUAUUGUAAGAAAUUCCUAUGUAUAUUAUAUAAUAUGUAUUAUAUUAUAUACAUAUAUAGUAUAUAUGUUAUCUUAAACUUAUAUAUUUUAAAAUGCCACUACUAGCCAGCGCAGCUAAAAACAAAAUACAUUCCCAACUGCCUCUGCGAACCGCAGAGGCAGCUUCUUAACGUGGCUCUUGCUUCUCUCUCACCAUAACUACUUCUAACCUCAAGCACGGGUCCUUGGCUGUCUGACCUCUACACUCUAGUUAUGCAAUGUCCUUAGAGAAUUCUGUGCACUGGCCACUGUGAUGGAAACCAAUGGGCCGGGAGUGCUUUGAGUUUAUUAGUAAUUGUUCUGCCAAAGUUGGUGUUUGUAUGACAAGCGUGUAAACCUGUCAGAUAAUCAGCAGAGGUCCAAGUCAGUAACGGUGUGCAUAAUCGCUUCCACCUAAUUGGCAGGACCAGACCCUCAGCAGGUGCCUCCUCUCUGAUGCUGAGCACUGAUUCAGAACGUGUUGGCACUUAACAUCUGUAGUGACAGGCCCCCGCGCCGGGCUUGCAGGGAGGCGGAACCUUAAAGUAAAAUCUGCUGCUCUGCUCUCGCAGUGAUCUGUUGGCAGUCGCAAGUCAGCAACACCUCUGCUUUAUUAUUUGACACUUUACAUCUAAAAAGUCUUCUCUUUCUAUUUAUGUAACCCAUAGUCUUUGAAGAGUAUGGAAAAUGGCAUUUCUCUCUGACCUCUAGAAGUUCAAGUGUCAUGGGAAAAAAAAAAAACAGGAACCCCCCCCCUUUACUCUUAUGGACCUCAUUUCAAUAUACUGUUUACAGUUUGACGGAAUUGUAUAAUUUAAUAUUUCUCUUGUACUGUAGUUUAUAUUUAUUUACAGAUUUUUUUUGUACUGUGUGAUUUGAAUUUUUUGUUCCUUGCUAUGAUCAAUGUUUUAUGUAGUAGAGCACUUAUGAUCACAAAUUAAGGUUUUUGGUUUGAUUGCACUACAUUAAUUUUUUAAUGCAGUUCUGAUUUUUUGACUGGACUAAAUAAGCUGUGUCUUAAUGUAUGUGAUAAGUACUUUUAAAUUUUUAUUUCAUGUGGUCCAUUUAUUUUUUGCAUUGUAUGUCAAAGCGCUAAUUCUCUUGUUGUGCAUGUGUAAGAUUUAAUGGCUCCAUUGUAUUAUUUGACCAUGUCAUUUUGGAAACACAUUCCCAGCUGUAACGUUGUGUAUGGUAGUUUUCACUGGAUGCUAGACUUUUCAAAACCACUAUUCUUCUAAUAAAUUUUGUUGUGAAAAACUUUAA